AUGGCACCUACCCGCCGCUACCUUCGUAUAACAAAGUAUUCUGUCCUUGAAGUCCGCGUCUACCUCGACGAGCCGUCUCAGCAACAGUCGUGGCUGCUACGCUCGAAUGAUCCCGCCCUUCCGCGCGUCAUUGAAGCAGUCCGGCCGCUUGUGCUGCCGAAGCUGCGCGAGGAAAAUGAGCGCGCCAAGGGGAAGAAAGGCGGGAAGGGAAGGGGCGUGAAGGAUGUGGUUACCGGAGACGACUUCGAAGUCUCCGUCUUCCUCACCGAAUACUCCACGCGGCACUCCCUUCUCACUAGGUCUAAAGCCUUCGCCGAGAAGCCGCGCAUGCGUAGUAACUCCGGCAAAUUGACCGGUUGGCUGACGAGCGGAACGAGCGAGGCGCCGGUGACAAUCAGAGACGAGAACGACGAGGACAAUAACACCGUCAGCCUGCUCGAUAUACCGGAAGCGCCACAAGAUGAAGCCACAGACGCGGACGAUAUGCUGGAGCGGCCAUCAAGGAGGGGCAAGCGGCGACGGGAGACUGCAGCAGACGAUCUAUUCGUGCACAGCUCCGGUUCGGAUGACGAGGACGCCUUUCAGACGCAGCGGACCCCAGCAUCAAAGCGUAGGCGGCGCCGCGGAGGACCUGUGGCAGGCGCUGAUCCGACGUCCGAAGACGGGGACGAGGAGACGAACAGCGACCCCGGCAAGGAUCACAACGACAAGAAGAAGCUCGCCAUGAAGACAUCGUACGAUGGCUUCAGCAUAUACGGGCGCAUCCUUUGCCUAGUGGUCAAGCGUAAAGGCCACAGAGUUGGAGCUGGACGAGCUGGUGGCAACAACGCCGUGCCUAGCAACAGCCAGCAGGCAAUGAUGGAGAACUGGGUGAGCACGCAAGCGGUUAGGGAGCAUGGUGGAGACGAGGAAGAUGAGGGAUGA